GGUCGGCAAGAUGGUGGCGCGCCGGAGGAAGCGUGCGGCAAGGAACGCCGAGGAGGUUCCGAGCCCGCCGGGCUACUCAGCCAUUCCAAUCAAGUUCUCUGAAAAGCAGCAGGCUUCCCAUUACCUGUAUGUGCGAGAGCACAGAGUUCGAGAAGGCACCAAGUCUUCCUGGCCUCAGAAGAGGACCCUUUUUGUCCUCAAUGUGCCCCCAUACUGCACAGAGGAAUGCCUGUCCCGCCUCCUCUCCCCCUGUGGCCCCGUCCAGUCAGUGGAAUUACAGGGGAAGCCUGAGCUCACUGAGAGCUCAAAGGAGCCCAAGUCGAAGUUUUUUCAUCCCAAGCCUGUUCCGGGGUUCCAGGUAGCCUACGUGGUGUUCCAGAAGCCGAAUGGGGUGUCAGCCGCCUUAGCCCUGAAGGGCCCUUUGCUGGUCUCAACAGAGAGUCAUCCCGUGAAGAGUGGCAUUCACAAGUGGAUCAGUGACUAUGCGGACUCCGUGCAGGACCCAGAGGCCCUGAGGGUUGAAGUGGACACGUUCAUGGAGGCGUAUGACAAGAAGAUAGCCGAGGAGGAAGCUAAGGCCAAGGAGGAGGAAGGGGUCCCAGAUGAUGAGGGCUGGGUGAAGGUGACCCGUCGUGGCCGGCGGCCUGUGCUCCCACGGACGGAGGCAGCCAGCCUGCGGGUGCUGGAGAGGGAGAAGAGGAAGCGUGCCCGCAAGGAGCUGCUCAACUUCUACGCCUGGCAGCACCGCGAGACCAAGAUGGAGCAUCUAGCACAGCUGCGCAAGAAAUUCGAGGAGGACAAGCAGAGGAUUGAACUGAUGCGGGCCCAGCGCAAAUUCCGUCCCUACUGAGCCGGCACAGACUCUGGGUGGUGGAGGCUGGCCAGUGAGGACAUGGAGGCAUGGAUGCUCACCAGACUGCCCAGGCCAAGGGCCUGCCACAUAAAACAGCACCAGAAACCUGAGCCCACGCACAGUGGGGUGAAGGACAGGUCACCCCUCGAUGCUCGUGCUCCAGCAGUCCCCAUCCCAGCGCUGGUGAGGCCUGCCCAUGAGGACUUGGCCCUCACGAAGCCACCAGCCCAGGAAGUGGUGGUUCCUUCCUGCUCCUGGUCUCUUCCCAGCCUGUCACUGGAUCCCCCUUGGAAAGUCAAGUGUCUGCUGCAUUGUCCCCUUUCCUCAUUGGAAAAGCCCAGAAGCAGUGCGAGGAUAC